AUGAAAGUCUAUGUUGUGUUGGGGAUAUCAAUGGUAGUGGCCUGCACUGAAGUUCUCUUCUCUUUCAUCCAGAAAAGCACCAAUUUCUUUUGGGGAGGAACUGAAAAGUCUCAUAUUACCAGUAUUGUGGAAGAAAGUAUGUAUAUGGUAGAUAAAGCACUGCACAAUACAAUGAAGAGGAACCUCAAAAAGAGGGAACUAAAUUCCCCAGCUCAACUCUUCUCCUUCUCUAAACUGCCAGAGAGAACAAGCCAAGAUGUUUCCAGAGCAGCAGAAAUAAUGGACAAUUCAAUCCGAUCAGUAAAAGAAAAAGUUUUCCCACAGCACAAGAAACCUUGGCAUCCAACUGAUGUUCUGUCAACUGACUUGUUGAGCACAAUUGCCAAAGUUUCUGGAUGCCUGCCUUACAUGCUGCCACCCAAAUGUCCAAAUAAUUGUUUAGCAAACAAGUACAGGCUUAUCACAGGAGCCUGCAACAACAGAGACAAUCCCAGAUGGGGAGCUGCCAACACAGCCCUGGCUCGAUGGCUCCCACCAGUCUAUGAAGAUGGAGUUAGUCAGCCAAGAGGCUGGGAUCCCAACGUCCUUUACAAUGAAUUUCCACUACCACUGGUUCGUGAAGUAACAAGAAAAAUCAUCCAUGCAUCAAAUGAGGCUGUGACAGAGGAUGGCCAGUAUACUGAUCUCCUGAUGGUGUGGGGACAAUACAUCGCUCAUGACAUUGCAUUCACACCCCAGAGCACCAGCAGAGACAGCUUCUGGGGAGGAAUUGACUGCCAAAGGACAUGUGAAAGCCAAAAUCCCUGCUACCCCAUACAGCUUCCUGCCAAUGAAACAUCAUCAGUGGGAAUGGAAUGCCUGCCUUUCUACCGUUCAUCUCCAGCCUGUGGCACUGGGGAUCAAGGAAGUCUCUUUGGAAAUCUAUCCAAAUCAAACCCAAGGCAACAGAUGAAUAGCUUAACAUCCUUCAUUGAUGCUUCCUCAGUUUAUAGCAGCACCCCUGCUAUCGAAAAGAAGUUGCGGAAUUUGACUAGUGAAGAAGGGCUGCUUCAAGUCAAUACACUCUAUGCAGAUGGAGACAGAGAGUAUUUGCCUUUUGUCACUCAAGUCCCUUCACCUUGUGCACAAGCUCCAAAUACAGAGGAGUCUGAAAGAAUUGAGUGCUUUUUGGCUGGGGACAGCAGGGCCAGUGAGGUGAUCUCUCUGGCUGCCAUACAUACCCUUUGGCUGAGAGAACACAAUCGCCUGGCCAAAAACCUAAAGAUAUUGAAUGCCCACUGGAGUUCUGAAACCAUUUACCAAGAGGCCCGGAAGAUUGUGGGGGCCCUGCAUCAGUUGAUUACUCUCCGUGAUUACAUUCCCAAGAUCCUUGGACCUGUGGCUUUUGAGCAAUAUAUUGGCCCAUACAAAGGCUAUGAUCCCACUGUGAAUCCAACAAUAUCCAACAUAUUUUCAACAGCAGCUUUCCGCUUUGGCCAUGCAACUAUCCACCCAGUGGUAAGAAGGCUUGAUGGAGGAUUCCAGGAUCACCCAGAUCUCCCAAAAUUACAUUUGCAUGAGAUUUUCUUUAGUCCGUGGAGGAUCAUUAAGGAAGGUGGCUUGGAUCCUGUGAUAAGAGGCCUUCUGGCAAGCCCAGCAAAAUUGCAGACUCAGGAACAAAUGAUGAAUGAAGAACUGACUGAAAAGCUCUUUGUAUUAUCUAAUAAUGGCACUUUGGAUUUAGCAUCACUUGAUCUGCAGAGAGGGAGGGAUCAUGGCCUCCCAGGUUAUAAUGACUGGAGAGAAUUCUGUGGCUUACAGAGAUUGGAGAAUCAAACUGAUCUGUACACUGCGAUAGCCAACAGGAGUAUAGUUGAAAAGAUCAUGGAAUUAUACAAGCAUCCUAAUAAUAUCGAUGUCUGGCUUGGUGGUCUAGCUGAAAACUUUAUUCCAGGUGCCAAAACUGGUCCACUAUUUGCAUGCAUAAUAGGAAGACAAAUGAAGGCACUGAGAGAAGGUGAUUGGUUUUGGUGGGAAAACAAGCAUGUAUUUACUGAAGCUCAGAGGUGUGAACUGGAGAAACAUUCUUUAUCCCGGCUAAUCUGUGAUAACACAGGCCUCACUGCAGUGCCGGCCGAUGCCUUUCAGCUUGGAAGGUUUCCUCCAGACUUUAAGUCAUGUGAAGACACACCAGGCAUCAAUUUAGAUGCAUGGAAGGAAAUUUUUCAUCAAGUGGGGACAUGCAGCUUCCCAGAUAAGGUGGAUGAUGGUGAUUUUGUGUCUUGUUCUGAAGCCGGGAAACUUGUUUUAGUUUACUCCUGUCAUCAUGGCUAUCAACUUCAAGGACAAGAACAACUCACCUGCACAGAGAGAGGAUGGGACUCCCCACCACCGAUUUGCAAAGACGUUAAUGAAUGUGAAGAUCAAAUGAACCCUCCCUGCCAUGCCUCUGCUGAGUGCAAAAACAUCAAAGGCAGCUACCAGUGUGUGUGCACAGACCCAUAUGAAUUAGGAGAGGAUGAAAGAACCUGUAUAGAUUCUGGAAGACUCCCUAGAGGAUCGUUAGUAUCCAUCAUUUUGGGUGCCAUCAUGAUUGUCGGCUUGAUGGUGCUCACCUGGAUGGUGAUUUGCAGAUGGACAUGUUCUGAUAUAGAAACAACUCAGACAAAUGUGGAAAAAGAUGGAAAGACAGUUGCCAUAAUGGGAUGCAAAAAAUGUCAUGAAUUGAAGAUUUCACAACCUGAAGUCAUAGCUCAGCCAGUUGAUAAGGAUCCUGCCAGUGGCCCUCAGAUCUUACUCAGCAUGUGA